GUCAGAGGUGGUGGAUGGAGUGAACAGUGGUCGGAUGUGGCAGAAACAUUACUGGCAAAAAGCAAACAAGCUGGUGACUGAAUUUGGAGACAUUUGCAAAUUGGAGAGAUAUGAGACUACAGGCCAUGCUUUGCCUCUUGCUGCUGCUCAUUUUUGAGCUUUCAUCAUGCACAAAUCUCAGUGUCAUACUUGGGUCCACUGUGGAGCUGCCCUGUCACUCAAUUCAGACUGAGUUCACUGAAGCGGCCAUCACUUGGAAAUUCAACGGUAAAGAUAUAACUGCUCAGUCUCCUGACUCGACUAAAGUUAAAAAGGAUGGCUUGUAUCUCACCAUCUCCCCUGUAACUGCUGCCCACGAGGGCGAGUAUAUGUGUUUGGUAAAGGACACCGAUAUGGAGAUGAUAAGGACUUACCAGAUAACAGUUGAUGCAUCAGUUCGCUAUAUCUUUAAGGUAACCGAAGGCUCCAACAUUCACCUCCCGUGCUAUUUCCCACUUUCCAGCCAAGUCGAGGCCAAUGCACUUUGGUUCAAAGAGACAGGUGUUGGUAGGAGGAUGCGGCUGAAUACUGGAGACGAUUCAACAGGCGACAGUGAGAAAGUGGAACAGCUUUACCCACUUGACCAUGAUCAGACGAUCAUACUCAGACAAAUUGUCAUGGAGGACGCUGGGACUUACACCUGUGAAUCUGCUAACAGGCAGAAGCUGAGCACUGUAGACAUAGUUGUUGAAGUUCGUCCGACCCUUGCUCCUUACUCAUGUGGCAUCACCACAGCAUGGGAGCCCUGCCAGGACGAGAACAGUCGCACGGGAGAGCCCAUGCUACAGGAAUCCAUCGCUGAGUUUUCCAUGAAGCUGUAUUCUUACCUCAGGCAAUCACAGGCCUCGAGCAAUUUGCUCUUCUCUCCUAUCAGUAUCAGCGGGGUACUGUCCCAUUUGUUGUUAGGUGCGAGGAGUGACACCCGCCGAGCCAUUGAGAGGGCCGUCUGUGUGCCUCAUGACUUCCACUGUGUCCACUUCCAGAUGAUGAAGCUCAGAGAGAAGCUGUCCAGCUCCUUGCAGAUGGCUUCUCAGAUCUUCUAUAACCCACAAAUGGAUCUGAGUGAGUCCUUCACUAACCAGUCCAUCCAGUUCUACGAAGCCGAGCCCAUCAGGCUGCUGGAGACCAGCGAGGAAAGCACACAGAUGAUCAACAGCUGGGUGGCAAACAAGACCAAUAAUAAAAUCCAAAAUUUGGUGGACUCUGUAUCACCCAGCACGCAGUUGAUGCUGCUCAACGCUGUCUCCUUUAGUGGCCAGUGGAAGGUCAAGUUUGACCAGAAGCCCAAGAAAGGACUUUUCACAAAACUAGAUGGUGAUAUGGUAAAGGUGCCAGUCCUCUAUCACCACAAAUACUUGGCAGCUAUGGCCUACGUUGUUGAGCUAAAGGCACAGGUGGCCAGGUUUGCUCUCACGGGCGACAGCAGUCUUUACAUCCUGCUGCCUCGCUCCAACACAGUGGCUGACCUGCAGCAGGUGGAGGAGAAGAUGACGGACACAGCUGUGCGUGAAAUGAUAGAACAAAUGAAAACAACUCCUCCUCAGAGUAUCGAGGUCACGCUGCCCCAAAUCAAGCUGGAUGUCCAGCCAGACAUGAACAUACUUAUCAAGAAAUUAGGACUGUCAUCACUCUUCGAGGGCGCCGACCUGUGUGGCCUCUACACCAAAGAGAGGCUGGUUCUGGACGAUGCCAGGCACAGAGCCUUCCUCGCGCUGACCGAACAAGGAGUCGAGGCUGGAGCCGUCACCACUAUUUCAUUCUCUCGCUCCUUCCCCUCCUUCUCCGCCCUGCGGCCUUUCAUUAUGCUGCUGUGGAGUGACCAGGCCAAUGUGCCACUCUUCAUCGGCAGAGUGACUGACCCGUGAGAGAAAGUUGGGGGGCAUAUAGAUGCAGAAAUGAGAGAGUAGAGAUGUAGCAGAGGCAAAUGGGCAGGAAAGAUACAAAGAUAUGGUAAAGAAAGCUUUCCGAUGGAAGUGAAACAUCACAUCUCACUAUGCUUUUUCUGAAAACUCAG